AAAAUGUAAAACGCGUGUGACGUCACAAGCAGUGACGUCAGGAUCGCGGAGUAAAAAGAUGCGUCGCAGGCUGAAGAGCGCGAGCGCGCAUUCAGAGAAUCACAUCAGCAUCACAAGAUGGGCAACGUUCAACCCACAGUAACUCCUUAUGAGGACUUUGAUGUGAUGGCAGACAUCAAGGCAAUCCGUAAGGCCUGCAAAGGAAUGGGAACAGACGAGGAGACCAUCAUUUCCAUUCUAGCCAACCGCUCUGCAGCCCAGCGGGUGGAGAUCAAACAAGCCUACUUUGAAAAAUAUGACGAUGAGUUGGAGGAAGUCUUAAAGAAUGAACUCACAGGAAACUUUGAGAAAGCAACUAUGGCCAUGCUGGAGCCGCCUCACAUCUUCAUGGCUAAAGAGCUGAGGAGGGCCAUGAAGGGUGCAGGGACUGAUGAGGACGUGCUGGUGGAGAUCCUCUGCACCAGCACCAAUCAGGAUAUUAUGAAUUGCAAAGAGACGUAUAUGCAAGUUCAUGAGCGGGAUCUGGAGGCUGAUAUUGAAGAUGACACUAGUGGAGAAGUGAGGAAUCUUCUGGUUUCUCUUCUACAGGCCAACAGGGAUGAGUCUUAUGAAGUUGAUGAAGAACUGGCAGAACUAGAUGCAACAUCAUUGUAUGAGGCAGGUGAAGGCCGCUUUGGAACAGACGAGUCCACUUUCACCUACAUCCUCACUCACAGGAACUACCUACAGCUUCAGGCCACCUUCAAGAUAUAUGAAACUCUCUCUGGAACAGAUAUCCUGGAUGCGAUAGACAGUGAGGCUACAGGAACAUUAAAGGACUGUUACAUUACUCUGGUGCGGUGUGCUAAAAACCCGCAGCUGUAUUUCGCCCGUCGUCUGAACGCUGCCAUGAAAGGAGCCGGGACAGACGAGGACACGCUCAUACGUAUUAUUGUGGGACGCUCUGAGGUGGAUUUGGAGACCAUCAAGGACAUGUACUUGGACAAAUAUGAUGUGACCCUGAAGGAUGCCCUGAGCUCAGAGUGCGGCGGUGACUUCAAGCGUCUCCUCAUAGAAAUACUUCACUGAGUCACCGUCAGGUGGAGCCAAUAUCUAACCCUACUGAUGAAAGAAAGUUCUUACAACACUGCCAAUAAAAACACAUAGGAUCACCUCUCACUGUACAAGAGAACACGUUAGCUCAUUUUGUCAUGAGUGCAAUUAGGACAGUACUUAAUUAUGGGUUAAAUCAUCUCACAACAUUGCCAUAACACAUUCCCAAAACUAAAAAGGUGCUCCAUUUGAGUUUUUAUUGCAGUAAAUUUGACCUCUGCAUUAACUCACAACACACGUGCCUUGACAAAGUCAUGAGUAACAGCUCAGUACUUCAUCAUUCAAAUCAUGGAACACGAAGGGUGAUCCUUUAUUUAAUACUCUGUCUGUUCACACGGGAUCUUUGUAUGUUUUCACAUCUAUAAACCAAAUAUAUCGAUGUAUGGCUGAUGCUAAUAUUAAAAGUUUUUCUUGCUUGAGAGCUAUGGUGGUUAGUGCUUCAGUCUUCGAUAAUGCUUUGUAACACUGGGCAUUUAUUUUUUGAACAGCUGUUGUUAUACGGUUGUGACUGUUAAUAUUGUAAAGCAGCGCUGUGAACUUAUUAUUGCAAUGCUUCAAAAUAUAUGUCUGGGGUUUUUUUUUGGAUCAUAUGAAAAGGACUGCAGAAGAAAUUGAUUAAUAAUAUCAGGUUAGAGAGCAAUAUCCCACCAAAGAAUAUUGAGUGCACAUUAUCAAUAAAGCUUGUUAAAUUAGAUUAAACACAC